AUGCCUCCUGAAGGAGAUAUGAACAUCCCAGGCGAGCGCUCUCACAGCCCUGAGCGAAACGAUACAGAGCAUGGCGAUGUCGAGGAGGAAAUUAGUGAAACGGAGAUGGAUCUUUUGGCCUUGGAGGAGGUUGUCGUUUGGGCACGAGACCGCCCAACUGCAUUGUUGAAGGAACUUUGUGACAUUGGGAUCGUCCCUUUUGCCUCGAAGUUGGCCGAGGUUGUCUCUUUGGCAAAGCGCGAAGCAGCCGCCAUCCGACAGCGUCUCGGGGAUGUCGAAGAGUCUGGCAACGAUGUCGAGGAGUCUGGUAACGACCUGCCAGCAAACGAGCCUGGCUUGAUGUUGGCUGAGGUCCUGGCCAACAUAGACAUGAACCUCCUCCACCGUGGCCUGUCUUAUCUCAAAAGUACCCUCGAAGCUCAGCGUUGGAAUGGGUCCAACGAAGCGUAA